AUGUACCAUCCCUUUGCAACUGAAAAUCGAGCUUGGACAACAUCAAACAUAGGCGGCUGCUUGUCAGGUGGGACCCAAGCCGAGGCUCGAAAAGCCUCGGCGGGUCCGAAGCCAGUUUCCAGGAGACUAUCGUCUCCCAUCCGGGCUUUGCCCUUGCCGGAGAGUGUUUCCGGCGGUAACGGGAGCGGGAAGGCUUUGUUCAAGUCCAAGCCUAGGACUCCCGUUGACCUCGUUCGCCAGACUCGCGAACUCCUCAUCUAUGUCGAACGCGGCUCUUCUUCCGAUGUUCGCGAGAGCAAGCGAGAAGAAAAGAUGAUGGAAUUGAGCAAGCUAAUCCGGGAGUUAAAGCAAACUCUUUAUGGCAACAGUGAAGCCGAGCCUGUGGCAGAUGCUUGUGCGCAGUUGACUCAGGAGUUCUUUAGAGAGAACACCCUGCGCUUGCUGAUUAGCUGUCUUCCCAAGUUGAAUUUAGAGACCCGUAAAGAUGCUACUCAAGUAGUUGCAAAUUUGCAAAGGCAACAAGUUCAGUCACGGUUGAUUGCUUGUGAUUACUUGGAAGCAAAUAUUGAUCUGAUGGAUAUAUUGGUAGUAGGUUAUGAUAAUACAGACAUGGCACUGCAUUAUGGUGCUAUGUUGAGGGAAUGCAUUCGCCAUCAGAUUGUUGCCAAGUAUGUCUUGGAAUCAGAGCACAUGAAGAAGUUUUUUGAUUAUAUACAGCUUCCGAAUUUUGACAUUGCAGCUGAUGCCGCUGCAACUUUCAAGGAACUGUUGACAAGACAUAAAUCUACAGUAGCUGAGUUUCUCUCCAAGAACUAUGAUUGGUUUUUUGCAGAGUAUAACUCAAAGCUGCUAGAAUCUACCAAUUAUAUUACCAGAAGACAAGCUGUCAAACUAUUGGGGGAUAUUCUGCUGGACCGAUCUAACUCUGCAGUAAUGACACGAUAUGUUAGCUCAAGAGACAACUUGAGAAUUCUGAUGAAUCUUCUCAGGGAAUCGAGCAAGAGCAUUCAGAUUGAAGCAUUUCAUGUUUUUAAGUUAUUUGCUGCCAAUCAGAACAAACCUCCAGACAUUGUAAGCAUCCUUGUUGCAAACAGAAGCAAGCUUCUACGCCUCUUUGCUGAUUUUAAGACCGAUAAAGAGGACGAGCAGUUUGAGGCAGACAAAGCUCAAGUUGUAAAAGAAAUCGCGGCCCUUGAACCCAAGGAGCUCCCAUGAGCACCGCUUUUGUUACUUCUCUAAGCCACCUGCCAAUGGCCUAAUCAAAAUCCCAGCUUGCUCUCUCCAUUGAUUUUCCUCCGGCUCCCAACAUUCUGCAAAUAUUCACUGUAAUCUCCACAAAAGCGCCCUUUUUCUAUACAGAUUUAAGAUCUUCAUCUCUUUUUUUUGGUUUACUUAUCAUUUUCUUUAUAACCAAAAUGUAUUUACUCGUCUCCGUGAGCAACCCUCUUCAAGGGGUCGGGGCAAUAAUCUCUAAGUGAGCUUUUACUCGCGGAUUUUACAUAUGCUAUUGGACCUUGUUUGGUAGAUUUGGAAAAUAUUAUUUCCUGUCAUCUUAUUUAUUAAACAAAUUCUAUAACUAUCUAGUCUCAAUAUACUCUAAAUUAUCUUAAUUUAGAAUUUUCGUAAGGUGUU